UUUCCUUUAUCCUCUCCCUCCUUUUUCCUCUCUUUAUAAGAUCCCGCUAAUCUCGCAAGAAAAAGGAACCCUAGUGAUCGAGGUCACGAAUAGACACAGGAAAGCAGCUCCAGGAUCUCACCUUUUGUGUUCUGACGGACCUUCCGUGCCCUCUCCGGUCUCAUCUCCACCGGGUUCCUCCUCGGCUCGUCGUCGUUUGCCGAUUUCUUGAUCCGGGCCUUACGUGACCGCCGGUGGUCAGGCCGAUGCCGGCGAAGCCGGGGCGGUGAUGGGCUGCGUGGCGUCGAAGAAGACGGUCUCGGUGACCCCGGCAUUGGACUCCUCAGGCGUUCUGAGGGACCACCGCGAGGGAUCGGAGGCGGUCUCGGCUUCUUCGUCGCGGUGCCGCGCCGGGCAGGGAUGCCGAGAGGAGGAGCAGGAGGGCGAGGCGGCUGGAUGCACACAGGGGGAUCCUGGGAAGGCCAGCGCAAUUAGUGGCAGUUUACAGAGCCUUCGGCUGGGGAAUUUUCAUAAGUACAUUGAGGGGGAGCAGGUCGCCGCCGGAUGGCCCGCUUGGCUCAGCGCCGUCGCCGGGGAGGCUAUUCAGGGUUGGGUGCCUUUGAAAGCCGACAACUUUGAGAAGCUGGAGAAGAUUGGACAAGGUACCUACAGCAGUGUGUUUAGAGCACAAGAUCUUGACACCGGAAAGGUUGUUGCUUUAAAAAAGGUGCGGUUUGACAAUUUUGAGCCAGAGAGUGUUAGGUUUAUGGCAAGAGAAAUAUUGAUACUACGGAGACUAGACCAUCCAAAUGUUGUGAAACUCGAAGGACUGAUAACUUCUCGGCUCUCAUGUAGUCUAUAUCUUGUAUUCGAGUACAUGGAACAUGAUCUUGCUGGGCUGUCAGCUUGUCCUGACAUUGAGUUCAGUGAAGCACAGGUUAAGUGCUACAUGCAGCAACUGCUAUCUGGACUUGAACAUUGCCAUUUACGUGGUGUAAUACAUCGUGACAUCAAGGGUGCAAAUCUUCUAGUAAAUAAUGAUGGAGUUCUCAAAAUGGCUGAUUUUGGUCUGGCAAAUUUCUGCAGUACCAAACAUAAACAACCACUGACUAGCCGUGUUGUGACACUAUGGUAUCGUCCUCCUGAGCUACUGUUGGGUUCAACUAAUUAUGAAGUGAGUGUGGAUUUGUGGAGUGUUGGUUGCGUAUUUGCAGAAAUGUUUCUUGGGAAACCAAUUCUGCAAGGAAGAACUGAGGUUGAACAAUUACAUAAAAUAUUCAAGCUUUGUGGUUCCCCUCCAGAUGAGUACUGGAAGAAGUCCAAGUUGCCCCAUGCUACAAUAUUCAAACCUCAUCAUCCUUAUGAGAGUUGUCUUCAGGAUAUGUUCAAGAAUCUGCCAGCAACAGCUAUCAAUUUGUUAGAAACUUUUCUGUCUGUUGAGCCUUACAAGCGUGGCACUGCUUCGUCUGCUCUUGCAUCUGAGUAUUUCAGAACAAAGCCUUAUGCCUGUGAGCCUUCAAGUUUGCCAAAAUAUCCACCUAAUAAAGAGAUCGAUGCAAAGAGUCGUGAGGAGUCACACAGGAGAAGGAUUGAAAGACGACGGCAUGGGCCAGAAGCCAUAACAAGACAACCAGGGGCAUAUAGAGCUUCAAGAGAACCAAGUAAUGCACCAGGCAAAAUAGCAGAGAGCCAAGAGUCACAGAUCAAUCGUCAUGGAGUUACGAGAUCCAAGGUAAAACAAGAACACAUUAGAGUAAAUGGUGAAGCCAGACUCUUAAGUCAAGAGGAUGCUGCUUUCUCGGGUCCCUUGGAUGUUUCUGCUUCUAGUGGCUUUGCAUGGGCUAAAAGGCAGAGAGAAGCUUGUGCAUAUGAUAGAUCUCACAGUAGCUCUAGCUCGAAAAGCCAUGUUUCUGGUGCUGUAGAUCCAUCCAACACUGUGCCAGAUAAAGCUGUUCUGGAACUCGGUACGCACAAGAACGGAGAUGCAGAUGAAACCAGUGCUGGCUCCAAAGGCCAUGACACAUAUGAACAAGCAAAAUGCAAGAUUCUCAAGAAGUGGGCAACUUUAGGACGCCCAGAUUCAUUUGACUCAUCCGACAUACACCAUUCUCAGGACUUCUCCAAAGUGCUUUUCAGGGGAGAUCCGAUCUCAGCAAAACGUAAUUUUUUGGGUCGUCAGGAUGAAGGAGACAGAGUUGAGUUCUCAGGGCCUCUGCUUUCUCAGUCUCACAAGGUUGACGAGCUUCUGCAGAAGCAUGAACGCUACAUUCGUCAAGCAGUUCGGAGAUCAUGGUUUCAAAGAGUUGCAGGGAGAAGACAAAGAAAGUAGAUGGCAAAGGUGUUUGUUUAUGUAGGAGAAGAAGCCCCAGGACAGACAAAAAGUAUCACCUAUGUCAAGCAACGCCUUGGCUAAUUGCAGAAACAAAAUUAGAUUUGACAGACAGCUUCUCCCAGCUAUUCUUGCCAUGAGAUGAUUGUAAAAUGAAAGGUAGCGUCUGUUCUUAGCUCAAGUAUAUUGCCUGCUGAUUUUAGUGAAGAAUAAUAAAUAGUUCGUUCAUGCAGAUUCAUUGAAUGGGUUGUUGCUGGGCACUGAGCUAAUGCCAUGAAUGUAAAAUUCCUUUAACAAUCUUGUACAGAAUUUUUUAGUAGCUGUUUAGCCGUUAGCCUAUCA